CUGUCAGUUUUUCUGAGUGAGACAAAAACACCCUGUUUGGACGACGACCAGCUGGUUGAAAAUGAAUUUUGUUAGUUUUCUUGGAAUAUCAAUAAAUUUAUCAAUCGUAACCAUUUGUGUUUAUUGUGAACAUACAGUUAAAAAUUGCAGCACCUCGGACUUGGACAACAGCGAUUGUCCAAUUAACUCGAGAUGUUUACAGACACUUGUGGACUCAUCCCGAGGCACUUGCCUGUGUUCAGAGACGGACAAUUACCAGUUCAAUGCCAUGUAUGAAAGUGAUGCGGACUACUGUGUCCCAAGGCCAGUGGAAAUGGCCAAAGCCGACACUGUCCAGGUUAUACUUCAGCGUCCACCCAGUACACAUCACAUUGUCGGGGGCAUUCUCAUCCCCAUUUUCGUGGUGCUGAUUAUUCUGGGAGUAGUAUACGGGACAGUGCGCUAUCGUGUAGCCCAGAGAAUCAGAGAGGCUGUUGUAUCGCGUUUUUUCGUUCGACAUCGACCAUCGUACCAGGACGUGAUGAUGGGGACAGAUUUUGACGAUCCACCCCUCAUUUAAUGGGCCCCCUCUGGCCAGGGGGGCGCCAUUUCAAUCCCACAAGCCCCCUCUCAUCAACAGCUCCCCUAAAAGGAGACAAUUGCAGUGCCAUUUGAAUUUUUGGAGGCACCUUGAAAACAGCCUCUCCGGAAGGCUUUCACUUUGGCCAAAAAAAAAAAGAACGAAUUCCCCCAUUUUAUCAUCUAUCGAAGAAACCCUUAUUAACAAUAUUUACAAUAGCGGUAAGUGAAUCAGCGUAAAACAAUUCAUACUAAAAACAGAGAAAAAAUGGAUUUCCCGGCUAAGAAGAAAUCCCUCCUGAAAAUCCAUUUUUUCCUGGGCAAAAAAAAACGUAAAGUUAAGUGUACCAAGUCACUGGCACAUCCCUGCCAGCAUUUCCUUUAUUAAUAUCUCAGUCAAGAAUUUUUCCAGUUAGCCAGAGAGUAUCAAUAAAUGAAAAACUGCCUACAUAUCACACAAUACCAAAAACCCAAUUAAAUGGAAAAAUAAUGCAGCACACUCAUUCCAAUCUAAAUGGAAAUUCCAAAGUGAAAUUCAAUUAUCUACGGCGAGUUUAUUUUUAUUUUAUGUACAAGAGAGAACGAAAUUGCUUCGUUCGCAUGAAAUGAUUAUUUUCCUGGGCUAUAUUUUCUCAAUCAAAAACCUUUUUUUCGGGCUGUACUAGACAUAGACGAGGCUGGCGUAUCUAAGAAAAAAAAACACCUUAUCAACUGCAAAUUUAUAACCAUAUCUCGAUGCAAGAUAUCAAGAAAGCAACAAAUAUUGUCCCUGUUGACGCCAAAGAUUUACUCUUUUUUUUUGUAUUAUGCCACUUGAAACACUUUUUGAGAUAAAAAAAAUAACACUUUCGGAACAUCACAUCACACACCCCUGUGAAUUUAUCUGAAAAAUAUUUUGUAUUUUAAUUUCCGACUGAUAUUUGUAAAUAUAUUCUGUGAUACCACAAAAUAAACGUUUAAUUCAAUGAA